UCCAGUAUGAGAAGACUGAAAGGUAGUUAGAAAUGGUAUAUUGGAGGUCAGCAGAGGGGUUGGGGCAGGACAGGUAGAUAUAAGAAUCAUCAGCAUAGAGAUAAUAAUUGAAUCCAUGGGAGCCAAUGAGAUCACUAAGUGAAGUAGCAUACAGGGGAAGAGAAGAGGGCCCUGGACAGAACCUUGAGGGACACCUAUGGUUAGUGGGCAUGAUCUGGAAGACGGUCUAGUAAAAGAUACAAGAGAAGUAGUCAGACAGGAAGAGAACCAGAAGAGAGAGUGAUUGCCCCCAAAAACCAAGAAAGAAGAGAAUAUUCCAGGAGGAGCUAUCAAAUGAUGAAGUAUUCUAAAUGGCUUCUAAGAAGUCGGGUUCAGAUUUUCAUGGGACUUUCAGUUACCUUGAUGAUGUCCCAUUUAAGAUAGGAGACAAAUUCAAAACACCAGCUAAAGUUGGUCUGCCUAUUGGAUUCUCCUUGCCUGAUAGUUUACAAGCUGUCAGGGAAACACAAUAUGACUUUUCCUUGGAAAGAAAAACAAUUGAGUGGGCAGAAGACCUUAAGAAAAUCCAAGAAGCUCAACGGGAAGCUGAGCAAAAGGCUGAAGAAACAGAAGCCAAAGUGAAUUCCAAAAGUGGCCCAGAGGGUGACAGCAAUAUGGGUUUCUCAAAGACACAUUGCCCAACCACAAUGCCACCUCCCAUUAACCCCAUCCUUGCCAGCUUACAGCACAACAAUAUUCUCACCCCAACCCGUGUCAGCAGCAGUGCCAUAAAACAGAACGUUCUCAGCCCCCCCCAUACAAAGGCAGACUUCAAUCCCGCUGACUUUGAAUGUGAAGAGGACCCAUUUGAUAACAUGGAAUUAAAAACUAUUGAUGAAAAGGAAGAACUGAGAAACAUUCUUGUUGGUACAACUGGGCCUAUUGUGGCCCAGAUCCUAGAUAAUAACUUGCCCAAAGGAGGGUCUGGGUCUGUGUUACAGGACCAGGAAGUCUUGGCAUCUCUGGAACGGGCUGCACUGGAUUUCAAGCCCCUUCACAAACCCAAUGGCUUUAUUACUUUACCACAGUUAGGUAACUGUGAAAAGAUGUCACUGUCUUCCAAAGUGUCCCUCCCUCCUGUCACUGCUGUGAGCAAUAUCAAGUCUCUUUCCUUCCCCAAACUUGACUCCGAUGACAGUGAGCAGAAGACAGCAAAACUCGCAAGCACUUUUCACAGCACCACCUGCCUCCGCAAUGGCACUUUCUUGAAUUCUUUAAAGCCCUGCUCCCAGAACAAUGCUAGUGAACUCAAUGGAUACCUUGGGGUGGGACUUUCAGCUUUAAACUUGGACAGUGGCAAGGAGACACCAGCACUAUCCCCCUCAUCCCAGCUGCCUUCCUUGUCUGUUUUGUCAGUAUGUACAGAAGAGUCAUCACCUCCAAAUACAGUGCUGACGGUCAUGCCUCACGAUGUCAGGACAACGCAAGUGCCCAACACCCCCAGCUGUCCCCCGGGUUCUUCAACUACACCAACUUAUUCGGACCUGCAAGCACUGUCCCCCAGCGAGCGGCAGUGUGUGGAGACUGUGGUCAACAUGGGCUACUCCUAUGAUAGUGUCUUGAAAGCCAUGAAGAAGAAAGGAGAAAAUAUAGAGCAGGUUCUUGACUAUUUGUUUGCACAUGGACAGCUCUGUGAAAAGGGCUUUGACCCCAUUCUGGUAGAAGAAGCUUUGGAAAUGUACCAGUGUUCAGAGGAAAAGACAACCGAAUUUCUUCAGUUAAUGAGCAAAUUUAAGGAAAUGGGCUUUGAACUGAAAGACAUUAAGGAAGUUUUAUUAUUACACAACAACGACCAGGACAAUGCAUUGGAAGACCUUAUGGCUCGGGCAGGAGCCAGCUGAGAACAGGCUCCCUGCCCACCUCCAUCCACCCUGCCACGGAGCAUCUCUUCCUCUGGGAGGCCCCAAGUAUUCCCAUCAGUCUCUGGAGGCCCCCUCCCACUCUGGUGGCUUCCCACCCUCCUUAGGAAGAAGAGAGAAUGUUGUUUGGGUUUGUUGAUAUUAUUGUUGGGGGUGGGAGGGGAAGAGACAGGAAGAGGUAUUUUCUGUACCUCAUGAAGGCCUAUUGCCACACAUUGAUCUGUGGGAGAUGGGGAGGAGGAUGGUAAAGCCCUAGGAAUGUUGGGACCUCAAAUAAGUCCUGUUCUCCCCCCCCCCCCCCCCCCCAUCCAAUUUUAUUUGUAUUUUAAGAAGUGCCCUUCCCAGCUUGGCCCUGGUGAUUCUGGGGAAUUGUAUAUAUAUAUAUUCAAGACCAAACUUUGUUGGUAUUCUCACCCUUGCCAUGGGUAGGGGAUCUGUGGGUGUUGUGGAGGGAAGAGACUCUUAGGUUGUCAGUGCUGCUUUGAAUGUUGUGUGUUCAACCCUCACCCAUCCCUCACUGUUAGACUGGCUGAACUGAAUCCACGUCUAGUGCAAUGGAAAGGGUUUUUAGGGUGUUUAUUUGAUUUUACUUUUUUUUCUCCUCUUAAAAAUGAGCUCCAUGUUAGACUCUAACUUAGUGUAACACUGGUUCCUAAACUUUUAAAGGCGUGAAGAAUGCCGUUGAGUUUGGGCUUUGUUCUGCCCUUUCUGUCAGGCAGCAAUUCUACUUACCCACUCGCAAGUCUUGGCUAAAUCCUGGAUCUUGUUGGUUCUAGGAAACUAUUCAAUUGACAUUUUAAUAUUCAGUGUGAAACAAGAAACCCUUUGCAAGCACUUUCAAAUAGGGUUGGGGGAAUGAGCUCACAAUCCAUUGGCCCAGCCCUAACUCACAAAUUCUUUUCAGUUUUACUUUCUGCAUCAUUCUUGGGGUAUAGAUUCACUACUUUAGAAUGAUACAUCUGAUAACAUCUAGGAAUAGAAAUCCAUCUCUUUGGUUUAUUUUGUAUUAUGUUGUACAUUGUUAAAGCUCUAAAUACAAAAAAAUACAGUCUUGAUGAAUCUAAAGUAAUUUGCUAACUAUUUUGAUUCUUCGGAAACAACUACUAAUAAAAAGUUUAAAAGGUU